UAAUUGAAACACUCCAGUUAAGAAAAAGGAGAAAAAAUCAACUUAUUUAGGAAAAGGGGAGUUGUCAGAAGAAGUUUGUGAGAGGCAUCUGAAGGCAUUUACGCGGUCUCCCUUUACAACACCAUACUUGGCGAACUGUAUUAUUUAUUUAUUUAUUUAAGAAAUAGUUGUAUUAAUUUCAUUUAAAGUCGAAUUCCGAGGAAAUCCAAGUGGGGAAAGGCGAAGUUUCUGCCGAGUUAACGUGCGCCGAGACGUCAUUGAAAUUUUGACAAGACGUGAUGGAAGGCGGAAAGCAAUUGACCUUGCCGUUGAUGCUUGCUGUGGGGACGGCUGUAAUCGGCUCCCUUCAGUUUGGCUACAACACCGGUGUCAUCAACGCUCCACAAAAGAUCAUCGAGGCCUUCUACAAUGAGACGUGGACAGCUCGACACGGGGAUAUGAUCUCUAAAACCACAAUGACUACCCUGUGGUCUCUGUCUGUGGCCAUCUUCUCUGUAGGUGGCAUUGUUGGAUCCUUCUCCGUCGGGCUGUUUGUCAACCGAUUUGGAAGGAGAAACUCGAUGCUCAUGGCUAAUGUUCUAGCUUUCAUUGCUGCAGCAUUGAUGGGCUUCUCUAAGAUGGCAGCGUCCUGGGAGAUGCUCAUUAUUGGACGGUUUGUGGUGGGCCUUUAUUCUGGUCUGUCCACUGGGUUUGUGCCUAUGUAUGUGGGUGAAGUAGCCCCUACAGCCCUCAGAGGAGCCCUGGGCACACUUCAUCAACUUGGCAUCGUUGUUGGCAUCCUCAUGGCACAGGUCUUCGGUAUGGAAGCUAUCAUGGGAAAUGCAACAAUGUGGCCAUUUCUCCUGGGCUUUACCUUUAUCCCAGCCCUGGUACAGUGCUGUUUACUGCCUAUAUGCCCUGAGAGCCCUCGAUUUCUGCUCAUUAAUCGCAACGAGGAAAGCAAAGCCAAAUCUGUGCUUAAAAAACUGCGCGGGACGACAGACGUGAGCGCAGACAUGCAAGAGAUGAAAGAGGAGAGCAGACAGAUGAUGAGAGAGAAGAAAGUGACCAUUCCUGAACUCUUCCGCUCUCCGCUUUACCGGCAGCCCAUUGUCAUAGCCAUCAUGCUUCAGCUGUCCCAGCAGCUCUCUGGAAUCAAUGCUAUAUUCUACUACUCUACAAAGAUCUUUGAGAAGGCAGGUGUGCAGCAGCCAGUUUACGCCACUAUCGGAGCUGGAGUCGUCAACACCGCUUUCACUGUAGUAUCAUUGUUUGUAGUAGAGCGUGCGGGCCGCAGAUCUUUGCACCUCUUGGGACUGCUGGGAAUGGCUGGAUCUGCUAUUCUGAUGACCAUCGCUAUUGCCUUACUGGAAAAAUAUGACUGGAUGUCCUACAUGAGCAUUGUAGCUAUCUUUGCUUUCGUGGCCUUCUUUGAAAUCGGACCCGGCCCCAUCCCAUGGUUCAUUGUGGCUGAGCUGUUCAGUCAAGGCCCAAGACCCUCAGCAUUUGCUGUUGCUGGAUUUUCCAACUGGACAGCCAACUUCAUCGUGGGCAUGUGCUUCCAGUAUGUUGAGGAGGUCUGUGGGGCGUACGUGUUUGUCAUCUUCACCGUGUUCUUACUCUGCUUCUUCAUCUUCACCUACUUCAAAGUCCCCGAGACCAAGGGCCGGACGUUCGACGAGAUCUCCGCCGGUUUCCGUCAGGCAUCAGGGGCAGAGAAACACACGCCUGAAGAGCUCAACAGUCUGGGGGCGGACUCUCAGCUAUAAACACGCCCCCUCUGGCCCCGCCCACUCCUGCAUACAACUACUGAGCUGAAGGGGCCUGUCAAUCAAACAUUUCUGCACUCGCCUCUUAGUCGUCCCGCAAUCCUCCACACACACACGCCGAACCAGCAGAGCGUGAGACUGGGGUUUGAAAAGGCAGCGAGUAAGAGUAAUUAUCAUAUUCCUUUUAUCAGAAAGAUGAUCGUUUUAUGACAUGUUUGAGGUGUCGUAUAUUUGCAUUGCUGAGUCGCUUUGGCUAGAUUCAUUAGGUUUUAUGCUUUUUUUUAAAUAUACCUUAACUGUUACUUCUGCUGCGCGAAGAGAGAGUACACAUCAUCAGAGGUCACAUGGUCGUUUAUGACCAAUCCGCCACACUGUUGACGUCAGGAAUCCACUGUGACUGACAAUUCAAUACUGUAUUCCAGGUGACUGUAUAUAUUAGACAGAAAAGUCUUGAAAAGUGGCUUUAAUGAAAGAAGAGUCUAGCGUCAUGAUUAGCAAUCGAGGCUAUUUUAGGUGCACGUCAAUUUAAAUAACAGGAUUCAAUUAAAUUUAUAAAUACUGUAUAUAUAUAUAUAUAUAUGAAAAUAUUUCUCUGGAUUUAAAGUUUAUAGUUGUGUUUGUGUAAAAAUGUUAGUCCGCAUUUAUUUAAUUGUAUUUAUUUAUUUUUUCCUAUUUAUUUAUUUUUCUAUGUUUCGGUAACACAAAAAUAAUGUGUUUGUUAAUGUUAUUCAUUUGAGAAGAGUUAAUAUAUCGAUAUUUAGAGAAAGAUCUCCAUGUAUAGAGUUAAAGGUCCCAUUAAAUUAAAGUGUUUUUAGGUAUUAGUAUCAGUAGUGAUAGUUUUUAAGAUAUCUAUAGUGUGCCCCAAAACAGUGACUAAAUUCGCUUUUAGAAGAUAUGAAACGGAAAUAAACAUGUAAAGCUUGGAGUUUAUCACUUCCGCCUAAACGAAUCGACAGUUUUAUUCAUGUCACUUCAUACUACAGUUCCUCAUCAUAACCAAUCAAACGCUCUUUAGUAUCUGACAUGCCCCGCCCCCAUUAAGACUCUUCUCACUUGUUUUUUAUUUGACGCACUUGAGCUCAACCACUCUCACUGGCAGAGCUGUGAUAAAACAAAACACUAUUGGCUGUUUUCAAAAAGUGGAGCUACUCUAUGUCCCACCCUCUCUUUGUGUUUCGGUUAAGAUUAUGCCAAACAUCGGAUAAAAAUGCACAUUUUAAAGCACUUAACGGGACCUUUAAGAUACAAUAUUUAGAGGAAUAAUCCCUACUUUCAGUCAAAAGAAAUAAAAGCAUUUAUUAUACAGACCAGUUGUCUGUAAAACAAACAAACAAAAAGCUCUAAAAUUCAUGCACUUAUAGAAUAAAACAAAUAUUUAAUAAACAUUUUACUCAAACACAUACCUAAUAAAUCCAGAGAAACUAUAAAAAUAUCUAACUGUACUAAACCUGAAUCAUUUAAGCCCUCGUAAAUAUGAUUCAUGUACAUUUAAAAGCAAUUAGCUUUUUUUUAGGGAGUAAACCUGUUGCCAUAAAUGUGACACGCUGACUUUACUUAAAGUUAGUAAAGUUAUUGUAACUUAGAACUGUUAAGUUAACUGAACUUAGUUUUUAUAAUUAAGCAGUUCAUUAACUUGAGGUAAUAGGUUUACUCCUAACUUGGAACUGUUAAGUUGACUUAAUUUUUUAUAAUUAUGUGCAUAGAAGUUCAUCUACUUAAUUUAAAGCCAAUGGGUUUACUCACUUUUGAAGUAGUCAACUAAUCACUUUAUACAAUUUUUGCCAUUUUUAUGUUUACUUAAAAAGUUAGUAAACUCAUUAUAAUCUUUAGGCAAUAACUUUACUCACUUUUUUAAAGUCAAUUAAUCGCUUUUUACAUUGAAUCUAAUUGUUAUCUUAAGUUAGUAAACUCAUUGUAACCUAGAACAGUUAAGUUGACUUAAUUUUUAUAAUUGUGUGCAUAAUCUACUUAAUUUUAAGGCAACAGUUUUACCUCAAACAGUUGAAGUAAAGCCAACUAAUUGUUUUUACAAUGUAUCCCAUUUUUAUGUUGACUUAAAAAAGUUAGUUAACUCAUUAUUACUUACUGUUGAGCUGUUAAGUAAGGCAACAGGUUUACUCACUUUUUUAAAGUAAAGUUCACUGAACGCUUUCUACAAUGUUCUUUUCAUGUUGACUCAAAGAAAAUUAGUAAACUCAUUGAAACUUGACUUAAUUAUUGUAAUUAUCCACAGUUUUUUUACGCAAGUCAACGGUUCUAAGUUACAACGACAAUAUAUAUAUAUAUAUAUAUAUAUAUAUAUAAAUAACAUGCAUUGUAAAAAGUGAUUAGUUGACUUUACUUAAAAUAAGUGAGUAAACCUGUUGCCUUAAGUAAAUGAACUAUGUGCGUAAUUAUAAAAAUUAAGUUCAAUCAACCUAACAGUUUUAAGUUUCAAUGAGCACAUCGCUUUUACAAUGUACCUCAUUUUUACUUGGAAACUCUUCUGCAUCGCAAGCCUUUUUACAGGGUAUUUUAUCCCUGCAUCCCUAUCAGCAUGUCCUCUCUUGUUGCCUUUAAGAUUCAUCACAUCUGCGUAUUUAUAUUUUGUAACAAAGUCAUGCAGAUAUAAUCCCUUCCUGGACAUUUCUCAAGCCGUUUCAUUAUGUUAUACAGCACCAAAACUCAUUUUCCCGUAUCACUUUUGAAUGCACGAUGACAUGCACUCUUUACUGAAAGUAUUAGCAACGUUAAUCAUGAAGUGCAGCGUGUGUAUUUUUAUAUCCAAUAAUUCAUGAUGUCCCUUUUCAGACAGACUCGCUCGGGUAAAGUUUAAAUAGCGUUUUGCACAGUCGACUUGAAGAGUUGGGAAACACGGAGAGCGACCAAAAUGCACUGUGACCGGUGUCAUAAUAAGAGUCACUCUGAACCUCAGACCAUUGAUGAUGCUGUCGAGCACAAACCACGUGUCUUUUUGAACAUGUUUCGAAGCAGUACGCCUGGCUCCAAUGUGCCUUGUCAUUUUUUAAGCCUUCUACUUUUGCUCUUAUCUUUGGUUUUUCCUUUUUAAACCUACUCAUCCAUAAGUAUUCGUGAUUUAUUUUUAAUUUUACGCACAGCAAAUUCACCAAAUGAGGUCUUUCACCUUGAAUGUGAGCGUGCAUAUGUUGAUGUAAUCUGCUGGAACACUGCGCAAUGCGUCGGCUUCACAUUUGGCCUUUUAUUAUGUAAAUCUGAGUUUUACUUUUAAGUUUUAACCUACUUGGUUGAUGUCGGCUUAUAUUAAAUCACCUCUUUAUAGAUGUUUUUUCACGUCGAGUGUGUGUGUGUGUGCGUGCAUGUGAUAUUUGUCCAGUUUGCCAGAGAUACAGCAGGUCAGAUCAAGUUUGAACACCAGCAUUUUGAAUACAUAUUCACUCUCACUGCAUUCCAUACGGGAGCAUUUUGUGUGUGUGUGUGUGUGUGAUGUUUUGUAUACUGUACAUCAGAAAGAGACAAGUGUGUGUUAGAUCAUAUGCAUGUGAACGAGUGUGAAGUCACUGGGUGUGUUGUGUUCAAAGAAUAUUCAGAAGAGUUAUAUAAACUUUUUUUAGUCUAUGGAAAGUUUGGUGAUUUCCGGCUGUAAGUGUAAAUAAUGAAUGUAAAAUAGUGUCGCUC